AUGAUGCCCGGCCGGACUCCGAGGAAGAAUGCGCCGUCCGCCGCUCCCGCGGUGUCGGAGGUGGUGUCGGAGUGCGCCCUGCAGCUCCGCAGGAUAGGCGACAAGUGGAACCUGCGGCAGAAGAUCCUGAACCUCCUCACGAAGCUCUUCUGCCCGCAGACAUGAGCUCCCCUCGGAUAACAGCGUGCUGAGAAGCAGUGAAAGACCUUGGCUUUGUGAAUUCGGAACAAGAGAUU